UUCCGCUUCUCUUCUGUUCAUCAACCGCUCUAAGCAAAUUUGGGGUUUUUCGUUAGGGUUUCGAAUCUGAAAUCUGAAAUCUAAAAUCUUCGAUUAAUCAUGGAAGACGAAUUGCUCGAUUGGGAGCUUCUUCAUGGCUCUGACACGGAAUCAACUGAUUCAAUCACAUCGGAGAAGAAAUCGGGUAGCUCAAAUGUAAUCGAUGACGGUAUGAUUCUUUCUGAUCAUUUCUCUGCCGAUAAUCUCAUCAAUAGAUCUGGUCAGACCACUGAUCCGACCCAAUACGCUGUUUCGGAACCCGAUAACUCGUUCCGGGUCGAAUCCGGGUCGAAUCAGAGGCAAAACCCAGGAGAGGAUCGGUUUGAUUCGCGUUCCGGUGAUGCUUGUGUCGGAAGCGAAUUGAAUGAUUCGAAAAAUGGGAUUUCUUGUGAUGGUGAGGUCAUGGCUAGUGAUUACGGAGCUGUCGAUGAGGAGAAGAACGUCGAGAGCGAGACUGUUGCUGAAUCUACUGAAGAUGGAAGCAAGUUUGUGUCCGGAUCAAAUGAUCUUAAAGUUGAUGAUGCAAGCCAAUCUGGUGUUGAGGAUUCGAGCGAGUCUCGGGCUGAUUCAGAGGGAAAUGAAAUGGUUUCUGGAGAUUCUGGGAUUGUGAAUGGUGAAAAUGACAUUGUUUCUGAUAGUGAUGUUGUGGCUGUGAGAUCUGGUGAUGAGAGUAAAAGCAGAGAGACUGUGUGGUGGAAGAUGCCGUUUGUGCUUGUUAAGUAUUGUGCAUUUAGGAUUGGUCCUGUUUGGUCUGUUUCCAUGGCUGCAGCUGUGAUGGGUCUUGUUCUCUUGGGACGCAGAUUGUAUAAUAUGAAAAAGAAAGCUCAAAGGUUCCAUCUUAAAGUUACAAUCGACGAUAAGAAGGUGUCGCGGGUGAUGAGUCAGGCAGCUCGACUCAAUGAAGUAUUCACAGAGGUAAGGAGAGUCCCUGUGAUCCGCCCUGCUCUGCCUUCUCCUGGCGCAUGGCCGGUUUUGAGCCUUAGAUGAGAAGCUGAUUAUACAAAUGUCUCAUCAUGUUAUGUACCCAAAAGAAUAGAGAGAUACAUGUCUGUACAGUGUCUCAUAUCAUGUUAUGUACCAGAAGAAUAUAGAGAUACAUGUGUUUGUGUCGUUCCUAUGAAUAGUAGUUUACGAUAUUAUGAAAUAACUUAUGUAAGUCUUGUAUCUAUGAUGGGAUUCACGCAGAGUGAUUUGCUAAACCAGAGGCUAAAGUCUCUGCAUUUAUCACAACAUCUGAAUACU